UUCAACUUGUUUUGCAGUGGUUCCUGAAUAUACCCUGGCGCACAGUGGUGACGCAACGACGCACAGACUCGUGGAGUCGGGGCUGGCUCACAUCUGUUGCACCUGCAAAGUAACGUUAUGCAGAGCGGGUGGUCAUGGCUUGGAAGUCGAAGACCCGCAAUUUACAGGUGUUUGACACGGAGCUGAGUGCCGACACGGUGGAGUGGUGUCCGGUUUUAUCGAGCCACGACAUCCUGGCAUGCGGGACAUAUCAGCUACAGAAAGGGGCAGGGGAAGAGUCUGCUGCCCCGAGCCGGACCGGUCGUUUGUACCUCUUUGAAUUUCGGCGAGUGGGAUUGAUGAGCCCUCCUCUAACUGAGCUCCAGCGCAUGGACACAGCGGCCAUUUUAGACUUGAAAUGGUGCCACGUGCCGGUGUCAGGGCAGGCAGUCCUGGGAGUGGCAGCUGCCACCGGAGAGCUGCAACUGUACACACUCUCAGACAGUCAGGAAGGCGGCCGCAGUCUGCAGAUUCUGAGCAGUUUUGAGGUGGGAGCGGAUCGCUUGGCUCUGUCAUUAGACUGGUCCACUGGAAGAAUGGACAGCAGCUGUGACGUGCGGGUGGUGUGCAGUGACUCUGCAGGCUGUGUCAGUGUUCUCUCCAUGGCUGAAGGCGCCCUGACGGCUCUGUCUCAGUGGAAGGCCCAUGACUUCGAGGCCUGGAUCUCCGCCUUUUCCUAUUGGGACACACAGCUGGUUUAUUCUGGUGGUGAUGACUGCAAACUUAAAGGCUGGGAUCUCAGGGCCGGUCCCUCCUCCCCCACUUUUACCAGUAAAAGGCACUCAAUGGGUGUGUGCAGCAUUCACAGCAACCCACAUCGUGAACACAUCCUGGCUACAGGCAGCUAUGAUGAGCAGGUCUUGCUGUGGGAUGGCAGGAACAUGCGGCAGCCUCUCAGUGAGAGUUCCCUGGGUGGUGGAGUGUGGAGGCUGAAGUGGCAUCCGACCCAUCAGAAUCUGCUGCUGGCAGCCUGCAUGCACAAUGACUUCCAUAUCCUUAACUGCCGGCCGGCCCUCGAGGGCAGUGGAGAAGUGUGUCCUGUCGUAGCCUCCUACAUCCUCCACAACUCCCUGGCAUAUGGAGCCGACUGGUCCCGGCUGUCCCUGGAGGAACCUGCUCCGGGCUCCCCUCCUGCUGUAGAACCAAAGGAAAGCCUUGCAGAGAGUGGAGGACACUUGAGGAUUCAGUAUGAGUCUCCCACCGCCAGCUUUGACACUUCCUUGGAGGACGAUGCAGGACGAUACAUCCCAGAUGAAAUCGCGACGCCCUCCACCACCCACGCUGCAGUUCCUGCCCUCGAGUGUAAUGAGGACGCCCCUUCACUGUCCUGUCUGUUGGCGAGCUGUUCGUUCUAUGACCAUAUGCUCCACGUGUGGCGCUGGGAGUGGGCUCCAGAGCAGGCUCAGCAGGAAUCAGAGCAGUGACCAGGCUGCAGCACUGGCUGCACUGACACUAUAUCAAAUUAGAACCUGUACCGAAGUAAAGCAGAAUGUACAGCCCAGCUAUUACAUGGGCAUAAUAUACGGUUAUUCCAUUCACUGUCUCCACACUCGCAAAAUAUGCAAUUAAGAAAACACUAUAUUUUCAUAACGAUUUUUAUAAACCUGUAUUUAAACAUAAAUUGUUUAUAAUGCCUAUACUGUAUGUCCUGAAGCAAAAAGAUCAAUACAUCCAUUCACCCACAUUCGUUCACUUCAUUAUAGCUUUUUAAAGCACUGUGGCUGUGUUCACAGGCCAAGCUGCAAUAGGCAUGAAUGAAAACAACCAAUCAGAGCCGAGAAAGAGACACAUGGGGUUGGUGGCUUAAAGAUGGUUGAUUGCUGAGUCUCGUUUCUUGUCAGUAUUUGACAACAUGGGAGUGAACUAUAACUCUAGGCUCUGAUUGGUUGUUUUCAUUCAGGCCUGUUGUAUAUUUGCAAAUGCCAUUAGGAAAACUAGGAGGAGCCAGAGGAACCUGAUUUUUUUUUUUUUUUAAGAUUAUCUGUCUCAUGUACUACUGUCAGGAUAUAGUGAAAGUUUCAGCAAAUGUGACAAAAAGGCAAAUUAAUUGUGAUAAGACUGUUCACACUGCAAAAUCAGACGUGUGUGUGUGUGUGUGUGUGUGUGUGUGUGUGUGUGUGUGUGUGUGUGUGUGUGUGUGUGUGUGUGUGUGUGUGUGUGUGUGUGUGUGUGUGUGUGUGUGUGUGUGUGUGUGUGUGUGUGUGUGUGUGUGUGUGUGUGUGUGUGUGUGUGUGUGUGUGUGUGUGUGUGUGUGUGUGUGUGUGUGUGUGUGUGUGUGUGUGUGUGUGUGUGUGUGUGUGUGUGUGUGUGUGUGUGUGUGUGGAGUGGCUAAAUUGAAGAGAUCAGAUUCAAUGUGAUUGAUGCUGUUCACAUCAUGUUGAAGACCUAUGCAGUAUUUGUGUGUGUCUUUUGUUGAUCCUCAAAGGGAAGUUCUCUUCAUUUGCCCCCCUCUGCCCUUUGUACUCCUGGAUUCAGUGUUAAUGACGUCCUAGGAGCAGCCAGAAGAACCUGAUAUUUUCUUUCUGUCUCACUCAUUAUCUGUCAGGAUAUAGUGAAAGGUUCAGCAAAUAUGACAAAUAUUUUCACUACUGCAGCUUUAAGGCUCCCCUAAUGGACAUCCUACAUAAACCCCCCUUUUUCCCAUUUGUGGGAAAAAAAGUGCCCAUUUAUUGCUUACAUUAAUUACACUUUCUGACCAAUAAAGUCACUUUGAUAAUU